CUCCCCUUCCCCAGAGUCCCCACGGCCUGAUGCCAGCCCGACCACCCCCCACCCCUUCGAAUCCCCUUUAAAACAUCCAAUGGAAGAAUGACAAUUCCAUGCCUCUAUCUCCUCUCUCUUUUCUUGGCCUGACCACCUAGUUUCUUCGCACCAGGACUUAGAUAAAAGACAGGAGACAGGGGAUACCGUUCCGAUCGGGGACUUUUUUGGCGGCAUCCCCGUCGCCGGCAUGGAGAGCACCGACUCUUCAUCGGUCUCGCUGCAGCAGCAGCCUCAGCUCCCCCCGGGAUUCCGGUUCCACCCCACAGACGAGGAGCUGGUGGUUCACUACCUCAAGCAGAAAGCCGCCUCUGCGCCCCUCCCCGCCACCAUCAUCGCCGAGGUCGAUCUCUACAAGUUCGACCCUUGGGAACUCCCAGGCAAGGCCAACUAUGGAGAACAGGAGUGGUAUUUCUUCAGCCCCAGGGACCGCAAGUACCCCAACGGAGCGCGGCCUAACCGAGCCGCGCCGUCCGGCUACUGGAAGGCGACGGGUACGGACAAGCCCAUUCUGACCUCAGGAGGGGCUCACAAGGUCGGGGUGAAGAAAGCCCUCGUCUUCUACGGCGGCAAGCCCCCCAAAGGGAUCAAGACUGACUGGAUCAUGCAUGAAUACCGGCUGGCCGACAGCAGUCCCGGUAGCACCUUCAGACCGCCCGGCAGCGCCGCCGGCAGCAAGAAGAGCUCUCUCCGGUUAGAUGAUUGGGUCUUGUGCCGCAUCUACAAGAAGAACAGCACCAACAGCAACAACGCACGGCUGGUGGACCGUGACAGGGAAGACUCCAUGGAUGAUAGGAUGGCUCCGCCAGCAUUGACACAGCAGCCGGCCAUCAGCACGCAGCCAAACCCAAGACCUCAACAUCAGAGAGCUCCUAACAACUACACCGCACUGCUCGACAGUGAUGAGACUUUCUUCGAGGGGCUGCUCACCACCGGGGAUGUCCUGCCAACCAAUCGCAUGACCCAGUUGGCUGGUGGCCCAAGGCCUAAGCUGGACCUCUCCACCAUUCCAACCAACAACAGCACCCGCCCCCCGAAACGAGCCCUCACUUCCCCAUACUGGAGCGAUGCAGGGAGGGUCACACCACCGCCACCCAAGAGAUUCCAAGCCUGCAACAACGGCAGCAGCAGCAGCAACUGCACCGCCACCACCAACAACAACACCAGCAGCGGCAGCAACAGCAGCGCCGCCAACAACAGCAGCAGCAGCAACAGCAACAGCAACCACGUCGUCCACACGAUCGCGGCGCUCCUCAAUCAGUUCCCCCAGGGUGCGGCCUACCAACCCCAAACGAUUCUAGGUUCGCUUGGGGACGGCAGUGCCAUCUUCCAGCAGCCGUACCAGCUCUCCGGCGCGAACUGGAGCUCCUUAUAGGAAAAGUUCCGGUGGUGUGUGUCGUUUCCUUCCUAAGUCCAUUCAUAUGUACAUAAGAUAUGCAUAAUCGCAGAAGGGGGAAUAGCGGAAUAGCUGCUGAUACUAGAAAGCCACCAUCUGGGUUGGAUACGUGUCAGCUCUAUGAAGCACAGGGGCCCGGUGACGUAGUGCUUGCUUUUCGAUUGUGCAACCAGAGAUUCGGGUACGAUCUACCCGGUUGUUUAUAAAGACAGGAAGUAUUCAGUCUCGUUUUUACAGUAAAAUAUACCGGGUUCCGUUAACGUAGUGGAUCUGUUUCGGUGAGUUUCAGGUGGGAUCGAUUUGCUCUUAUUGUAUAUCUUGAUGCUGUACACUAUAAAUUUAUAUAAACCUUAUUCACGUAGAUAUAAAUUUACAUACAUAUAUAUACAAGUACAUGUGUUUCUUCUCUA